CUGCGCUGUCGUGUGUCACUGUGUUGGGUGCGGAUCUUUUGAGGGGAUAAGCAGCCAUGCUCGGAUCGUUGCUUGUCACAUUUUUUGCUGCAGUACAUGUUGCCCUAGUAUGUGACUUCGGCAAGUAUGGAGAAAACUGCGACCGACCCUGUUCUGAAGAGUGUGGCCUCUUCCCAGAGAGAAACCUUCGACCUUGUAACAAAGAUACUGGAGCGUGUUUACAAGGGUGUGUUCGUGGUCGUCAUGGUGACCAAUGUGAUCAACUUUGUAGCCACAACUGCAUCAACACCACGUGCAAUCAAGGCAACGGGGGUUGCACGAUCGGAUGUAUAGAAGGAUACAUUGGAUAUUUCUGUAACACAACAGAUCCCACAGUACAGAACGGCAUAAUAUGUAACUUUGGCAAGUAUGGACAAAACUGCGACCGACCCUGUUCUGAAGACUGUGGCCUGUUCCCAAAGAGAAACCUUCGACCCUGUCACAAAUACUCUGGCAAAUGCUUACAUGGAUGUGUUCGUGGUCGUCAUGGUGACAAGUGUGAUCAACUUUGUAGCCACAACUGCAUCAACACCACUUGCAACCAAGGCAACGGGGGAUGUACCAUCGGGUGUAUAGAUGGACACGUUGGAUAUUUCUGUAACAUAACAACAGAUCCCAUAGAAGAAAAUGACAUAAUAUGUGACACGGGCCAGUAUGGACGAGACUGCGACCUUCCUUGUUCUGAAGACUGUGGCCUAUUUCCAGAGACAAACCUUCGAGCUUGUCACAAAGAUAAUGGGACCUGUUUACAUGGGUGUGUUCAUGGUCGGCAUGGUGACCACUGUGAUCAACUUUGUAGCCCAAACUGCAUCAAGACCACGUGCAAUCAACGCAACGGGGGAUGUACCAUCGGGUGUAUAGAUGGACAAAGUGGAUAUUUCUGUAACACAACAACAGUUGAGGGAAACAUUAGACACAGUAUGCAGUGGAUGUUGAUGUUACCUGUUGCGAUCUUUAUCUUUUCGACAAUUUGUUGCUGGAGGAAUCCACGAUUUAGAAGAAGGUUUGACAAAGGGUUUACGUGGCUGAUAAGAAGGAAUCCAAGGCCUUCCUCAAGUGAUCCGAGUCAGGAUCUGAGCCAGGGCGAGAGAAUGCCACUGGUCAAAGUGACGACACAAGAUUCUGAUCACCACGCCUCGAGUGUCCCGAGCCGGCGCAGGAGGGAUUCAUGGCUCUCCACCGCUUCACACGCGACUCCAUCACAAGCAGACCGCGACCUCUACUACGCCAGCGAGGCCGGGGACCAGGAGGAGGUGAAGCGGAUCCUGUCUACACCGGGAGUCAACGUCAACUGUAGAGUGGGAGGGUGGCGCAGGACAUCAGUGAUGAAGGCAGCAGAGGAGGGACACAGAGACGUGGUGGAGCUCCUGGUGAGUAAAGGAGCUGAUGUGUCACUGGUGGACGAGUACGGUAACAACACCCUUCAUCACGCCUGUAUAGGAGGAGAUAUGGAGACGGUGAAGUUUGUGCUGUCUCUGAACGUGGUUGACAUCAACAGUAGAGGAUGGGGGAGCAGGACACCGGUGAUGAGGGCAGCACUGUAUAGACACAGAAAGGUGGUGGAGCUCCUGGUGAGUAAAGGAGCUGAUGUGUCACUGGUGGACGUGGUCGGUAACAACACCCUUCACUGGGCCUGUAGGGGAGGAGAUAUGGAGAUGGUGAAGUUUGUGCUGUCUCUGAACGUGGUGGACAUCAACAGUAGAGGAGUGGGGAACAGGACACCAGUGAUGAGGGCUGCAGAGGAGGGACACAGAGAAGUGGUGGAGCUCCUGGUGAGUAAAGGGGCCGAUGUGUCACUGGUGGACGAGGAUGGUGACAACAUCCUUCACCUCGCCUGUUGGGGAGGAGAUGUUGAUACGGUGGAGUUUGUGCUGUCUCUGAACCUGGUUGACAUCAACAGUAGAGGAGGGGGGAGCAGGACACCGGUGAUGAGGGCAGCAGAGAGGGGACACAGAGACCUGGUGGAGCUCCUGGUGAGUAAAGGGGGCGAUGUGUUACUGGUGGACGUGGUCGGUGACAACAUUCUUCACUGGGCCUGUUGGGGAGGAGAAAUGGAGACGGUGGUGUUUGUGCUGUCUCAGAGCGUGGUGGACGUCGACGCCAGGAACAACUCGGGGCGGACAGCUGCGGACUGGGCGAGACUCGGGGGACAUCAGCGAGUGGCGGAUCUCCUGGUGUCCCGCGGCGCUCAGUGACGUCAGUGUCGUGUUUGUGUAGACGGCGGAUGGGGACAUGUUGUUACUGACAGUGACGUGGUGUGCCGUGCACGUCGUCGUGUUAUAUAUUCCUGGAUUAGGUGAGAAUGAUUGUUGUGUUUGAGGAGAAGUAAAACUUGAUAAAAAUA